AUGAGCCUAGAGAACGACGGCAGCAGUUCUAAUUCCACUAGUGGCGAUGGCUCUAUUGAAUUCCCUGAUACUCCCAAGAUUAAUGCUAGUAACAGCGAAGAUUCCUGCACAUGGUACUCAGGUGGUGUUUGUUCGCGCCCUCGCUCGUGCUUUGACUGCCUCAACGUUGUGGUCCCUGGUCAAGAAUGUGCCGUCAGCGCCUAUGGCGAAUGUAUGAAUUCUUACAUGCUCUCCAAUGUCGGAGGUUAUCCAAUGAAUAGAUUCACUUACUGCUCAAAUAAUGACGCACUUUGCUCGGGCUGUCAAGAGAAUUGGAUCAGAGACUACCAAGCAGGAAUGGCUCUGGAAGCGAACGCUGUGUGUGUAGGCGACAAUGGCUGCAUCUGUAUCGCAGCGUGUGUCGUACCCAAUCGCGAUGAUAGUAUUGUGGAGAACUGGUGUAUCCCAGCGCUAGCGGGUACUCACUUCCAGUUGGUAGCUGGAUUAGUAGCUGGUACCAUCGCACUAUUCGUAGUUUCUAUUGUACUUGCCAAGCGUCAACUAGCACGGCGCCAACAACAAGAUACAGCGAACCAAGAAGCACGUAAUGCCGCAAACGCAGCUCGUCGAGCAGCACGUCGACCUGCAGCUGUUGCUCGCUUACCUCAAUUGACCUUAUCGGGUUGGACAGGUAUGCGCGAGAAACUCGUUUCUAACGAACAGAUCCGAUUGGCGGGAGGAAGUACAACAACAGUGCCAUCACUAGCAACUUCAUCAUCUGUACCAUCUCCUACUGAAGAACAGGGGGACGCUUACCGAGAAAUAUUGCCUCGAGAGGACAUCAUACGCCGCGAAAUGUAA